AUGCACCCGACCGGCGCGGCCAGCCUGCCCGCCGCACCCGAAGCGGAGGUGCAAGCUAUGCACUCGAUGGAUUGGCUCUUUAAGAAGGAAAGGAUAUAUCUCCUAGCGCAAUUCUGGCAACAGCGAGCUACCCUGGCGGAGAAGGAGGUAACGACGCUGAAGGAACAGCUUGCUACCACCAGCCCGACACCCCUCCAAGCCACAGUACCCCCAAAAACCAAUGGCUCUCACAUAGAACCUACACGAGACCAGGCUACAGAAACUAGAAUACCAGAUUUUAGUCCAAAUAUUAAAGAAGAGAAGAGACAGUCUCCAGAUAUUGAUGAGGAUUUAGAGCAAAAGAUAGAGAUGGCGGCGACGGCGAGGAGUAACAGUAACUCCUCGAGAAGCAGCCCCGUGGUCAAUCCUAACGCUAGCCUGGAGAAUGAGCUUGCUGCCAAAGAAAAAGAGAUUUCUCAAUUAGUGGAAGACGUGCGAAGGCUUCAAGCGUCGCUUUCAGCGCUGCAGGAGGCGCACGCGCAACAGCUACAGCGACUGGAAGAGCGACUUGAUGAAAAGAAACAACAUAUCGCUAGGCUCGAAGCGAGGCUCGACACCCAGCGAGAUUAUGAUGAGAUCAAGCGAGAGAUCAGCAUGCUCCGUUUCUCGGAGCUGGGCCCUAUCGAGAGGCCUCACUCACAUUCACAACCAAAAGACAUAUUCGGAUCACAGAAUCAUUUGCUCCGCUCUAUGGAUUUGGGACCAAAUGAGCGAGUAGAUCGCAAAGAGAGUAUAAGAACUCCGCCAGCGCCCACACAUCGAGAUAACUCCUCUGAACGAGAACGCAGUACUGAGAGGAGAGACCCUGGUGGCGACGAGUGGCCGAGCACACCACCCCUCAACAACAACACGACGCACCACAACAACAACGGUCCGGUCCCGUUGCCGCUGCCGCCGCCGAGCCCCUUCCGUUUCGAGGAGCACCGGCCCUAUCGGUUUGCUGAGGAUAUGGGCCCUCUCCCUCCCGGCGCACUAGUCGGCCGCCUCGGGGACUCCCUCAUUCCCAAAGGCGACCCCAUGGAAGCCCGCCUGCAAGAAAUGCUCAGAUAUAACAUGGACAAAUAUGCGAAUUCCAACCUGGACACGUUGCAUAUAAGCCGACGGGUGCGAGAAUUACUAUCGGUGCACAACAUUGGCCAGAGACUGUUCGCGAAAUACGUCCUGGGUCUCUCCCAGGGAACAGUAUCGGAACUGCUCUCGAAACCGAAACCCUGGGACAAAUUAACUGAAAAAGGUCGAGAUUCGUAUAGAAAAAUGCACGCGUGGGCUUGUGACGAGGCCGCCAUUAUGCUCCUGAAGUCACUAAUCCCUAAAAAAGUUGGGACAAAAGAUGGUACCAGUGGCCCAGGUUUUGGAAGACCAGAAGGGGAGGGUGACGAACGUAUCGUGCACAUGCUCAAUGAAGCUCACAUGAUGAAAACUCCUACACAAGUCCAUAAUGACGAUUCGAGGAGUAAUGAAGACUCUAGUUCGCCGAGGACACAGUGUCCUUCGCCAUUUUCUAAUAAGGAUUCAAGUCAAAAUAGAAGGCUGAAAAAAUAUGAAAACGAUGACAUUCCCCAAGAGAAAGUGGUUCGUAUAUACCAGGAGGAGCUCGCCAAGAUCAUGACCAGACGAGUGGAGGACAUUCGCCACAAUCGGGACGGGUUCCCUGGCAUGUUUCCUCCCUUUUUCAGUGGCGGCAUGCCUCACAUGGAGCGGCCUCCGGAAGACAUCCGCAUGGCGCUGGAAGCGUAUCACCGAGAACUUGCCAAAAUACAGCCCGGCGGCAACAUUCCAAACCUCCACAACUUGCCAGGAAUGCCCCCUUUCACGAACCUCCUGGCUCUGCAGCAGCAGGCCAUGCAGAACCAACAUAUAAACGGUUCAGGGGCGGUCCAAGACCUAUCCCUACCAAAGGAUAAAAACAUUAAAAUCAACGGAAUGACUGAUAGUGAUAAGGAUAGAUCGAUGGACGCCGAAGAAGCUAUACGACACGCGGGUAGCGCGUUCUCGUUGGUCAGACCAAAGCUAGAGCCCGGACAGUCGACGGGGUCUUCUGCCUCCAGCCCUUUAGGCAAUGCGAUUCUACCCCCCGCUAUCACCCCCAACGAAGACUUCAGCAAUUCAGCAGCUGCCAGCCCCUUGCAAAGGAUGGCCUCAAUCACAAAUAGUCUGAUCUCUCAACCCCCCAACCCUCCCCACCACACUCCCCCACAACGGUCAAUGAAGGCAGUUUUACCACCCAUAACACAGCAACAGUUUGAUCUAUUCAAUAAUUUAAAUACAGAAGAAAUAGUGAAAAGGGUCAAGGAAGCACUGAGUCAAUAUUCUAUCAGUCAGAGAUUGUUUGGAGAAUCCGUUUUAGGAUUAUCGCAGGGCUCUGUGAGUGAUCUCCUUGCGAGACCGAAGCCCUGGCACAUGCUCACGCAGAAAGGCAGGGAACCGUUCAUCAGGAUGAAGAUGUUCUUGGAGGACGAAAACGCGGUCCACAAGCUGGUCGCGUCCCAGUACAAAAUAGCGCCCGAAAAGCUUAUGAGGACUGGAAAUUAUAGCGGAGCACCUCCUUGUCCGCCUAACAUGAACAAGCCUAUGCCACCCACACAGAAGAUGAUCUCAGACGCGACAUCCCUUCUCAGCAAAAUGCAGCAGGAACAGCUCCUGAGUUCUGGUCACCUGGGUCAUCUGCAACCUGCGCCCCUACUCCUUACACCCCCUGGCUUCCCCCCUCACCACGCGGUCACACUUCCCCCUCAGCAUCACGAUAACAACAAGGAACGGAAACCACCUCCACAACCUCAUCAUCAACCAGUGAUGAGAGGUCUUCAUCAGCAUAUGUCCCCCAGCGUAUACGAAAUGGCCGCCCUCACCCAAGACUUAGAUACGCAGACAAUCACAACCAAAAUAAAAGAGGCACUGCUAGCUAAUAAUAUUGGACAGAAAAUAUUCGGGGAAGCAGUCCUCGGACUAUCGCAGGGUUCAGUGAGUGAGUUACUCUCGAAGCCCAAACCUUGGCAUAUGCUCAGCAUCAAGGGUCGGGAACCCUUCAUUAGAAUGCAGUUGUGGCUUAGCGAUGCUCACAAUAUCGACCGUUUGCAAGCCUUGAAGAACGAGCGACGGGAAGCGAAUAAGAGAAGGAGGUCCAGCGGACCAGGACAGGAUAACUCCUCUGACACGUCAUCUAAUGACACGUCAGAGUUCUACCACUCUAGCUCCCCGGGACCCACCUCCGGCGUCCCCUCCGCCAAGAAGCAGAGAGUUCUGUUCUCCGAGGAACAAAAGGAGGCUUUAAGACUAGCCUUCGCUCUAGACCCUUAUCCAAAUAUGCCCACGAUAGAGUUCCUAGCGGCAGAGCUCGGUCUCUCCACCAGAACGAUAACAAACUGGUUUCACAACCACCGCAUGCGUCUGAAACAACAGGCGCCGCACGGGCUGCCGGCCGAGCCACCCGCCCGCGACCAGGCCGCCGCGCCCUUUGACCCCGUGCAGUUCCGGCUGCUCCUCAACCAGAGGCUCCUCGAGCUGCAGAAGGAAAGGAUGGGCCUCACGGGGGUGCCGCUCCCCUACCCUCCAUACUUCGCUGCGAAUUCAAAUUUCGCGGCGCUCAUCGGGCGUGGGUUACUGCCGCCCGAUGAGGUUAAAGAUCCUUCAGGAGGCUUAGACUUGUCGAUGCCGUUGAAACGCGAGCCCGACGGGGAAGACUUCGAAGACGAGGACGUAGAAAGUAACCUGGGGUCGGAGGAGUCAGAUGACGAGUCCAAGCUGGAGCCGAAGGCGACGUCGACGCCGGCGGGCGCGGGCGCGGGCGCGGGGGGCGCGCGCUCGCGGCGCAAGCCGGCCGCGCCGCAGUGGGUCAACCCCGAGUGGCAGGACCCUGACAAGCGCCGCGACGAGGUCAUCAUCAACGGCGUGUGCGUGAUGCGCGCCGGCGAUCUGCGCCGCGAGGCCGCCGCCACCGUGCGCGUGGACCCUGUGCCCGCGCCGCCCGCGCCCGCGCCGGCCGUCCCCGCCUCGCCGCCCGCCCCCGCGCCCGCCCCCGCCCUCGCGCCCGCCCCCGCGCCCACCCCGGACGUGCUGCCGGAGGAGCGCAUCAAGACGGAGGCGGAGGACGAGCGGUGGGAGUAC